AUGGUUAACUACCCCAAAAAGAAGAAAAUGCAUUGCCCUGAUGAAAGGUGCAAUGCUCACAAGAGUUUUAAGGUAGUUCAGUAUAAAGCUGGUAAGGCACGUUUGUAUGCCAGAGGUAAGCGCCGUUACGACCGCAAACAGUCCGGUUAUGGUGGUCAGACGAAACCUAUUUUCCACAAGAAGGCGAAAACGACAAAAAAAAUUGUUUUGAAGCUUCAGUGCUCCAACUGCAAGUCGAUUAUUCAAAAUGUCUUGAAGCGCACGAAGCACUUUGAGCUGAAUGACAAAAAGAAGACUGGCAACAAGGAUCCUACAUGGUAA